AAAAAAAAAACAAAAUUACCAUGGACCCUUUCUCCGACGAGAAUCUCGACGACGUCGACGUCGCCGAGCUCGAGGCUCGAAUGUGGAAGGAUCGACUGCUGUUGGAAAAGCUGAAGCGAGCGAGCUCGCCGACGUGUCGAGCUCGGGAGCAGUCGUCGCGCCGAAAGAAGAUGGCUCGAGCCCAAGACGGGGUCCUGAAGUACAUGGUCAAAAUGAUGGACGUCUGCAACGCCAGAGGGUUCGUCUACGGGAUCGUGCCGGAGUCCGGCCGCCCGAUCAAAUGAUGGACGUCUGCAACGCCAGAGGGUUCGUCUACGGGAUCGACGGCCGCGGCCCAAUGCGGCCGGAGCGUUGCGGUCGAAUCACCGGGCCCGGUUUCGCCGAUGCAGGGCUUGCGAGAGCUGCAGGACAGCACGCUGGGCUCGCUGUUGUCGGCCCUGUUGCAACAUUGCGAACCGCCACAGAGGAGGUUUCCGUUGGAAAAGGGCCUGGCCCCACCGUGGUGGCCCACUGGGCUUGAGAUCUGGUGGGGUGUGCAAGGGGAUUGGGCUAAGGCCCAGGGCCCACCACCUUACAGAAAGCCGCAUGACCUCAAAAAGGCUUGGAAAGUGAGCCUAUCGGCCGCCGUGAUCAAGCACAUGAGCCCGAACCUGGACCAGAUGAGGAGAUUGGUGUCGCAAUCCAAGAGUCUGCAAAACAAGAUGAGCGCCAGAGAGAUCGAGACGUGGGCUAGAGUUCUGGACCGAGAGGAGUCUGCGUUGCGAUUAAAUGACUCGGGUAGCAAGGGGGAAUGUGGAGUUUUUGAUGACAAGAGGGAGGAGAAAUGGGCUAGAAACGGCUCGGAUGGGGUUAUCGAUGUCGAGGAGGACGAGACGGAGGAGAUGGAGAUGUCGUUUGAGACCGAGGAGAUGGUUAGGGAUUCAGGGUUGCUUGUUAACGGAGAAGAAGAACACCUUUGGCAUUUUGGGUUGAGUUGAUUACCAAGUGCAUGUUACGAGUUUGAGAAUUAGUAUUAGUAUGUAUAUUAAUUUUCAUGAUUUUGGGUGUUUUUUUUUUUUUUUUUUUGCCCCUAUGCUUCUUCUAAUCUCUU